UGCAUUUGUGACAACCCUAAUUCGAUGCGUGGCUUGUAACGUGUAAAAAUAAUAGAUUGCUAAUUCCGAGCACUGCACUUAGUGUUCAGGUAAUCAAAUUGCACCUGAAGGUCACCAGGUGGUCAGCACUGCCUUAGACAACCAAAAGCCGAGAAUCUAGAGCAAAAUCGAGUCGAAACCCAGUUGGCCAAGCUAGCACAUACUACUAAACACACCGAAUCACAACAUCAGUGAAGACUAAAUAUAUAGUCGAAAGUCUGGCUUAGACCCCCGCUCCCCCACAAUUCCCCCGGCCACUCACUAUCGAGAGGUGUGUGCGUGUGUGAUUUUUGUAGUGCCAUUGCCAUUCCCCCACUUGCAAGCCCAAAAAGAAGAAAAAGAAUAAACGACCGCGUGUGUUCUGUGUGAGUGCGGGUGAAAAAGAAGAAGCAGGCCGAUUUUGAAGGAGGGCGAAAGUGUGUCGCGUGAAAAAAGCGUGAGAUUUUCAUCGGGGGAAACAGAGGAUAAUACCGCAACAAUGGCCGCCCAGGAAAAUACCGAGAUCAGCACAAAGUUCUCGACGCUGAACGUGAAUGCAGUGGAAUUUGUGCCCAGUUUCAGUUACAACAGCGUGGCCGCAGCGGUCGUGGCUGCGGUGGAGGAUCAGGCGGAUGCUCAGGCGCCGACCCCGCCCCCAGCGGCAACAGAUCCGGGUCCCGCCUCCAGAUCAGCCACGCCCACAUCCUCAUCCAAUUCCGCAUCGCCAGUAGCACCGGGUUCGCCCGCCACCACGCCCACUGCGGGGGCGGCAGCACCAGCAGCGGCGGUUGCAGUGGCAGCAGCACCAGCUCCAUCAACGCCCGUCGAAGGUCUCAACCCCACGGACAAAAUCGCAAACAAUGAAACCGAUCCCGCUGACAGCUGGGAUGUGGACGAUGCAGUGAUCACGCCCGAGGACGAGGAGGUGGAGGAUGCUGAGUUCACGGAGGGCGAGGCCACGCCAAAGGUCUCCAAGAAGAAGGUGGUCAAAGUGGAAGAAAACAGAAGCAAGCGCGAGCACGUGAAUGUUGUGUUCAUUGGCCAUGUUGAUGCUGGCAAAUCAACAAUCGGUGGACAGAUCAUGUCGCUCACAGGAAUGGUGGACAAGCGGACGCUGGAGAAGUAUGAGCGGGAGGCGCGUGAGAAAUCGCGCGAGAGUUGGUACUUGUCCUGGGCGCUGGACACCAACCAGGAGGAGCGCGACAAGGGCAAGACCGUCGAGGUGGGACGUGCCUUCUUCGAGACAGACCGCAAGCACUUCACCAUCCUGGACGCGCCCGGCCACAAGAGCUUCGUGCCGAACAUGAUCGGUGGGGCGGCGCAGGCCGAUCUCGCCGUGCUGGUCAUCUCGGCGCGAAAGGGAGAGUUCGAGACGGGCUUCGACCGCGGUGGCCAAACCCGCGAGCACGCCAUGUUGGCAAAGACCGCGGGCGUGAAGCAUUUGGUCGUGCUGGUCAACAAAAUGGAUGAUCCGACGGUCAGUUGGGAUCAGACGCGCUACAACGAAUGCAAAGACAAGAUACUACCAUACCUCAAGAAGCUGGGCUUCAACCCGGCCAAGGACCUUACCUUUAUGCCUUGCUCGGGCCUCAGUGGCUACGGCCUGAAGGACCAAAUCCCAGAGACGCUCUGCCCCUGGUACCGAGGGCCCGCCUUCAUUCCGUUCAUCGACGAGCUGCCCUCGCUCAACCGCAAGUCUGACGGGCCCUUCAUCAUGCCCAUCGUGGACAAGUACAAGGACAUGGGCACCGUCGUGAUGGGCAAGGUUGAGUCCGGAACGGCGCGCAAAGGCCAGAACCUCUUGGUGAUGCCAAAUAGGACACAAGUGGCUGUGGAUCAGUUGUUCUCGGACGACUUUGAAGUCACAUCUGUUGGCCCCGGCGAGAACGUCAAGAUCAAGCUGAAAGGCAUCGAGGAGGAGGAUGUCUCGCCUGGUUUUGUGCUCUGCGAUGCCGCUAAUCCCAUCAAGACGGGAAAAAUCUUUGAUGCUCAGGUCGUAAUCUUAGAACACAAAUCAAUUAUCUGUGCGGGUUACUCGGCUGUCAUGCACAUACACUGCGCUGCCGAAGAGGUCACAGUUAAGGCCCUCAUCUGUUUGGUCGACAAAAAGACUGGCGACAAAUCAAAAACACGUCCACGGUUCGUUAAGCAGGAUCAGGUUGCCAUUAUGCGUAUUGAGUGCUCCGGAAUGAUUUGCCUUGAACAGUUUAAGCUAUUCCCACAAAUGGGCCGAUUCACGCUCAGGGAUGAAAACAAAACCAUAGCUAUUGGCAAGGUGCUGAAGGUGGUCGAAUAAAUUGAUCAAAUCUAAAUUCGAGCGCCCGCCUUUUACUGCGAUUUUUGAGAUAGCAUUGCACGCCCGAUGAGAGAUAACACCACAACAACAGCAACGCCACGCCACGCUUUCUUCACAUUUGACAAUUCCACAAAAUCAGUACACACCCACGCUCGAGCUCUCACUCACAUAUGGAUACUUUACUUUCUACCAACAAUAGCAAUUGAUUAUACAUUGAUUACACAUUGAUUAUAGAAGGGUUAAAUAGGAAUCGAAACGAAACAGAACGGCAAUGUAGAGUGCAUUAUAAGAACGGGCAGGCGAAAAGUUAAUUUACAACCCGGACGCAAGGACGAAGAGUUCAGAGAUAGAAACAGAAAUGCAUUAUAUACGAAAUAUAAACUAUAUUAUGUAUAACUAAGCGGCAAAAUCGGAAGCAGCGAACGCGAAACAAGAUGAACUAUUUAUAUAUGUAUACACAACAAACCACUCACACGUAUAUAUACAUAAUGUAUGCGAGGGAGAGGAAGCUGGAGAGGAGCCGCGAUGAUAACUGAUAGGGCAUUAAUGGAUUCUUGGAACGAUUUUGUUUGUUGAGGCCCUCUCAAGGAUAUUGAGCAUUAGUCGCCGUCGUCGUUUUAAUUUGGUUUACUACUUUUGUAUAAACUGUAAGCAUCAAAUAGCGUACACGUACAUGCCUAAAUCGCGCGCAAGUCGUGACAUUUUUAAUACUAAAACUAAAGCUGCAAGCUACCCAAUUUUUUGUAUUUGUACAAGCGAGGAAAUGUUCCCAGCAACCACUCCUUCCCCAUCCAGCCUCCUGUAUGCGCCUUUUAAAUUGCAAAUUUGUUAGAUACCCCACAAAAACAAUAUGAUAUUUCUGCUCUUCUUUAAUUUAAGUUUAAGCUAAAAGAACAUGAAGUAAAGUUUGUUUGAUUUGUAAGCUCAAAAUGAUAAUUCUUUGAAGCAUUGAAGAACACGGCGGAAAAACAAACAUUUAUCACUUACGUAACCAUCUAAUUGUUAACUUUAAUCUUAGCCCUCUGAUAAUCCCUCUUUAUUUUGCUGAUUCAAAGAAUAUUUGAUUUUUUUAUAAUUAGUUAAUUGAAGAAUUCGUGAGAAUCGAACACGAAACCCCCUUAUGAAAAAAUAAAAUGCCUUUUGCUACGAAGCAGAAACAAAAACACAAA